AACUUUGUACCAUAUGCCAUUGUGGUAUAUGCUAGUUUUGUCUGGUAGUAACCAUCCGGAAUACAUACAGACCAAGUGUACUCUGAAAAACAUGCGGAAGUUAUAAAGUUAAACGGAUUACAAAAGUUCCUAUACGAGAAGAGAAGAAAUGGGGACCACUAAAGAAAGCUGUGUAGAAUAUACUCAUGUUGGAAAAUCAGGGCUUAAAGUUUCCAACGUAUGUCUUGGAACUAUGACUUUUGGUAAAAACGAUGACCACCCAAUAGCUGUGUUCAGCUGUCCGACCCAAGCAGAUGAGGAAAAGUCUCACAAAUUGUUGGACCGCUAUGUGGAACUUGGAGGAAAUUUUUUGGACACUGCUAAUGUGUAUUGUCUAGGCCAGUCAGAACAAAUAAUUGGAACAUGGUUAAAGAAACAGAAAAGAGACAACAUAGUUGUGGCUUCAAAAGUUCGGUUUCAAACGGGAAUGGAACCUAACAGUGUUGGUCUUAGCAGACGACAUAUUAUCAAGAGCUGUGAGGACAGUCUAGAACGACUUCAGACAGAUUAUAUUGACCUUUAUCAGACACAUAUCUGGGAUGAUGCUACGCCAAUUGAAGAGACUAUGAGAACUUUGGAUGACUUGGUAAAAUGUGGAAAAGUUCGCUAUAUUGGAGCAUGCAACUUGGUCGGUUGGCAGAUGCAGAAAGUUGUAGAUCUUACGAAAUAUAUGGGUCUAACACCAAUGAUAAGCCUACAGCAACAAUAUAAUCUUUUGACCCGACAUUCAGAAUUUGAAGAAUUCCAAGUUUGUAAAAAUGAAGGAUUAGGAGUUCUUCCAUGGAGUCCUUUAAAAGGUGGUAUUCUAACUGGUAAAUACAAACGAGGCGAAAAACUUGACCAUACAAGUGGACGUAUUGCUCAUAUAGCUAAAGAUGAAAGCAAGGCUAUGCAAUCUGCUCCAGCAUGGAGUCAAUAUGCUAACAAUGAAUCAUACUGGAGUCUUAUAAAAACAAUGGAAGAAAUAGGAAAGUCUCAUGGAAAGUCUGUGGCUCAGAUUGCUUUGCGAUGGACCCUUCAGAAAGAUGUUGUGGCAUCUGUUAUAAUUGGUGCCACAUCAAUCAAACAACUAGAAGACAAUAUGGCUGUUGGUAGCGGCUGGAGUUUAACAAAAGAAGAGAUGGAGAAAUUAGACCAGGUUUCUAUCCCAGAUAUUCCUUACCCAUAUGAAAUGUCAUGGAGAUCAAAUGCUGCCCGGGUCAAUAGAUACAAUCCCAGACCAUUUGUAGCAAAUAUGUAUUGACAUAUCGGACUUUAGAACUUGACAUGCAAAGUGCGCUAGGAAAUAUAUAUAUAUAGAAUAUUGAAAUUAGAAUGUGAAGGCAUAAGAAAAGAGAAAAAAAUAUAUAUUUUUUUAACUUAAGCAUUUGUAAAUUUGUAUCUCGAAUUAUGAUACAAAUAAUAUCAGUAUUAACAAUAUAUAACGAAUACCAGCUUACAAUAUAUUAUGUU